AUGGCUCGAGACGCCAAAGAUAAAGGCUCGAUCGUCUUCUUUCACCCCGAUCUUGGUAUCGGUGGUGCCGAGCGUCUUGUCGUAGAUGCUGCUGUUGGACUUCAAGAACGUGGGCAUCGCGUGGUGAUAUUUACCAAUCAUUGCGAUCCGAAGCAUUGCUUUGAUGAAUGUCGCGAUGGAACCCUCGACGUCCGUGUUCGUGGACACUGGCUCAUCCCAAUGUCCAUCCUCUCCCGCCUCACAAUCCUCUGCGCCAUCCUCCGCCACGUCCAUCUCCUGAUGCACAUAGCUCUUACCGGCGAACUACAUGCUCUGAACCCGCGCGCCUUCAUCGUAGACCAACUUUCCGCCGGUCUUCCUCUCAUGCGCUACAUCGCCCCCGCCACUCCGAUCCUCUUCUACUGCCAUUUCCCCGAUCUUCUCCUUGCGCAAGGCCGCGAGUCUGCCCUGAAGCGCCUGUACCGACGCCCGUUUGACUGGCUUGAAGAAUGGACUAUGGGAUUCGCAAGCGCUGUAGCGGUUAACUCGGGGUUUACAAAGGGUAUCGUGAACCAGACGUGGCCGAACCUCAAGAAGCGCACUGAGACUAAAGUGGUGUAUCCUUGUGUGGAUACUGAGGUCAAGGAGAAGGAAGAUGCUGGUGAUGGAGAUAUUCCAUUCAAGGGGGAAAAGGUCAUCUUGAGUAUCAACCGUUUCGAAAGGAAGAAAGAUAUUGGACUUGCGAUCAAGGCCUUUGCUGCUAUUCCUGGAGCUGAGCGCAAGGGCUGCCGACUCAUCCUAGCAGGCGGCUAUGAUCCUCGCGUCUCCGAAAACGUCCAAUACCAUGCCGAACUUGAAGCUCUCGCCUCCUCCCACGGUCUCGAGCACCUCACCACCAAGACUCUCAUAACCGCUCUAUCAGCACCGGCUUCGGUCCCCGUUCUCUUCCUCCUUUCGAUCCCCAAUUCUCUCAAAGCAUCGCUUCUUCGUUCCGCUCGCGUUCUUCUCUACACACCCAAGAACGAGCACUUCGGUAUCGUUCCCCUCGAAGCCAUGCUCGCCCGAACCCCUGUUCUGGCUGCCAACUCGGGCGGGCCUAUUGAGACUAUCGUGGACGGCGAAACAGGAUGGUUGCGAUCACCGGGUGAUGUAGAUGAGUGGGCUAAGGUUGUGCGUCAGGCACUGAAACUCAAUGACGCUGAGGUAAAGACUAUGGGAGACAAGAGCGAAGCAAGAGUCAAGGAUAUGUUUGGACGGGGGCAGAUGGCUAAGCGAUUUGACGACAUCCUGGGCGAUAUCGUGGAUAAGAAGUCUUCUGCAUCCUCAGUGCGAACGGUGGUCAAUGUAGCCGGAGUUUUUGGCGUCUGCCUUCUGGGCUUGGUAGUUUCAGCACUUCUUGCACGUGUGGGGAAUCAAGGCACGCCUUCAGAAUCCACAGCUUAA